UUCAUUCUUAAUUCUUGUGUAGAGAUAAUUUCUUGCAUGAGAAAUAAUUUCUUUAUCUUUUUACCUCUCUCACCAUUAACUCUUGCUACAUUAGACUUUUGCUUAUGUUACAAUGUAUUUAAUGAUAUGGAAACUAGAUGACAUGUUUAGGGGAGUUUAAGAUUCUGAGAUGCAGCUGGUUGGUAGCCGCUUUCUAAGAACCAGAAUCUACAAAAAUUAGGUUUCCUAGGUUUUUAUUCUGGGAAAAGCUGCAGCAGCUAGAAGCUCCUCCAAACAGGCCUUUAAGGUGAAAGGUAAAUGACCACAGUGCUGACCUGUAGGAAUCUGCCACGUGGCAGGCUGGCAGCUAGGGGCGUGGAAAAUUACGGUUGUGCCACUUAUCCCCCUGAGAAAUAGAGAGAAUCUCCUCUUAUCUCUUCGCGCUUUCCCUCGCGACGCGAACUCCCCUCCGCGCGCGCGUGGGGCACCCCUCACCUCACUCUCACUCACCCUCUUCUUCCUCCUCACGCCUCACACCGCUCAGUGACCUCGCAAACCAGCCAAUGGCGCCGCCGCCGCCACCGCGGACGCUGUCGCCGUCGUCUUCGUCGCCGUCCCUGCGCUCCUCCGGCCGCCGCCCGCUCCCGUCGGCGAGACUCGUGGGAAGAUGGGUGCAGCGGCCGUCGUGCUCGCUGUCGAUGAAUGGGUGCGGCGCGGCGGUGGCGGGGGCGGGGGCGGUGGCGGUGCGGGAGACGCGGGCGUUGCCGGCGGCGGGCGCGGCGGGGGACGCCGUGGGGCAGCUCAGGGAGGCGGUGGCGGCGCUGGAGGCCGCCGACCCGCCGGCGUCGCCCUCCGGCAUCAUCCGCAUCGAGGUGCCCGUCCGGCAGCGAGGGGACGCCGUGGAGUGGCUGCACGCGCAGGGCGACCUGCGCGCGCGCUGCUUCUUCUCCGCGCGUGCCGCCGCUCCCUUGCCCGAGUGCCCGGCCCUCGCCAUCGCCUCCGCCGGCAACGGCAACGGCAACGGAGCAGGCGGCGUCGGAGGGGAGCAGCGGCAGCGGCCGGUGAGCGUCGCCGGCGUCGGGUCCGCCGUGUUCUUCCGCGGGACCGAGCCGUUCUCCCUCCGCGACUGGCGCGCCAUCAAGAGAUUUCUUCCAAGGGAUUGCCCACUGAUUCGUGCUUAUGGUGCUAUCCGCUUCGAUGCCACGAGCGAUCAUUCAGUUGAAUGGGAGGAAUUUGGAUCAUUUUACUUCAUUGUUCCUCAAGUUGAGUACAAUGAGCUUGAAGAGAGCUCGGUUCUCGCAACGACGAUUGCAUGGGAUGAUUCACUUUCUUGGACAUGGCAAAAUGCUGUGAAGGAGCUCCAAUCAACUUUGCAGAAGGUAUGCAUUUCUCUUUCUUCCAAUUCUGUCAGUCAUGUGGAACUGUGGAAGAUAGUAACCUUGUUGUGCUUUCUGCAGAUAUCAUCCAGUCCAAUUAAAGUGAACAAUUCCACCCUGCAAACAACCAUACUAAAUCUUAAUCAUGUCCCCACAAAGGCAUCCUGGGAUCUUGCCGUUACUAAAGCUCUCCAGAUGAUUAAAGGGAAGCAAAGAGAAUUAGUAAAGGUCGUACUGGCAAGGUGUAGCAGAUAUAUUACUGAUACUUGCAUUGACCCUGUUGAACUGUUGGCAUGUUUAAAGGUUGAGGGCCAAAAUGCUUAUCAGUUCUGUAUACAGCCACCUGAUGCUCCUGCAUUUGUUGGAAAUAGUCCAGAGCAAUUAUUUCAUCGGAAAUACUUAAACAUUUCCAGCGAGGCUUUAGCUGGUACACGAGCAAGGGGGAAAACAAGGGCUGAUGACUUUCAAAUUGGUCAAGAUUUGCUACUAAGUAGCAAAGAGGAUAAUGAAUUUACUAUAGUACGGGACAGCAUAAAGAAGAAGCUGGAGAUGAUCUGCGAUGAUGUGGUUGUCCAUCCCAGCAAGGCCCUUCGGAAACUUCCAAGAGUACAACACCUGUCAGCUCAGUUAGCUGCAAGAAUGAGGAAUGAAGACGAUGAGUUUGACAUCCUAAAUACUCUUCAUCCGAGCCCAGCCGUUUGUGGUCUGCCCACUGAAGAGGCACGCCAAUUCAUACAAGAUUAUGAAAUUUUUGACCGUGGAAUGUAUGCUGGACCUGUUGGUUGGUUUGGAGGAGCUGAAAGUGAGUUCGCUGUUGGGAUUAGAUCAGCACUACUAGGAAAAGGUCAUAGCACUUUAGUUUAUGCUGGUGCCGGAAUUGUUGAAGGUACAAAUCCAUCCUUUGAAUGGGAUGAGCUUGACCUCAAAGCAUCUCAGUUUGCAAAGUUACUGCAGUAUCAAGAACAACAUAUUUGCUUGCAAGAGGCUGAAAAUAUGGGAACAGUGAUUUGAAUUGUAACUAGGAGUUUUUGUUUUGUUGUGAAGAAGAUUUGCUUUUUUUUUUCCUGCCAUGAACUUCAAAGGAUUGUCUUGUUCAAGUGCUUGCAUACCAAUUAUGUUUCCGAUCAAUCAAACACCUCCUACAUACGCAGCCGCUGAAGCAUAAAUCCAAGAAGGCGACGAAGAUAAAAGUUGCGAAGAGUACAAAGGCUAUAUGUACAAUAAAUUGUUAAUUAUUCAGUUAGUGCAGUUGUGCAAGUAUAUAUUGAACCUCAUAGUUUGUUAGCUUCUUUCGAAUCGCUUAUACAUUUGAUUCUUAAAAUAAAUAAAUAUAUAUAAACACACCAUUUUAUGAGCAUA